AUGGCAUCCACUGCAGUCGUUGCGGGCGACCAGCCCCUCUUCACCCCGCGAAAGCUCCGUGUCGUGGCUGUCGGGGCAGGGUUUGCCAAUCUGACGUUGGCACAUAAGCACAAGCAUAUGGGAGACCAUAGCUAUAUGGACCUGGUCAUCUACGAGAAGAAUCCAGAGAUUGGGGGCACUUGGUUCGAGAAUCGCUACCCAGGCGUAGCUUGCGAUGUUCCAGCACACAUUUAUUGCUUCCCGUUCGCACCCAAUCCAGAUUGGUCUUCGUUCUAUGUCGGCGGCCAAGAGAUCCUGGAUUACAUCAACAAGACGGUCGACGAGUACAAGCUGAGAGACUACGUUCAGGUCAGCUCCAAAGUGACUUCCGCCACGUGGUCAGAAGAGAGUGGCAAAUGGCAGCUCCAGAUCGAGCGUGACGGACAAGUAUUCAGUGAAGAAGCAGACGUCCUGAUCAAUGGCGCUGGUUUCCUGAACCAAUGGCAAUGGCCCGAUAUUCCAGAUCUGGAAAAGUUCCGUGGCGACCUGGUCCACAGCGCGGACUGGCAGAAGGUGGAUUGGAACGACAAGAGAGUGGCACUCAUCGGUAACGGAUCAUCGGCGAUUCAGAUACUGCCCCAAGUGCAGCGCACCGCGAAGAGCAUCGAUACGUAUAUCCGUACACCCACAUGGAUCAUCCCGAACUUCCUCUCCGACAUGACUCCUGAGGGGAAGAACUUCACGUACUCGGAGGAAGACAAGAAGCGAUUCAGAGAGAAUCCAGAAGAGCUCAAAGAGCUUCGCCAGAAGAUGGAGCACGCAUUCAACCUGUACUUCUUCUGCUUCUUCAAGGACUCUGCCCAGCAACAGGCGGUUCGGCAGAUGUUUGGCGAUCUCAUGAAGCAGAAACUCGGCGGUGACACUGAGUUGACACAGAAACUGCUACCCGACUUUCCCGUGGGCUGCCGCAGAAUCAGCCCCGGAGAUAGCUAUAUCAAAGCACUGACUGCGGAAAAUGUGAAGGUCCGGCUUGAUCCCAUUGUGCGGCUCACGGAAGAGGGCAUCUUGACGCAACCACCGGCGGACACGGCGCCAGAGGAGACCAAAUUCGACCUGAUCAUUUGUGCCACCGGAUUCAACGUGACAUUCAAGCCCGCGUGGAAGAUGGUUGGUCUCAAUGGUGCCAGUCUCCAGGACUUGUGGAAGGACCUUCCGGAGGCCUACAUGGGCAUCUCUGCACCAGAAAUGCCCAAUUACUUCAUGUUCACCGGACCCAACAGCCCGCUGGGACACGGCAGUCUCAUCGCAUACUAUGAUGCCGCUGCAGAUUACAUUAUGAGAUGGUGCUCCAAAAUCGCGAGGCAGGGCAUCAAGUCCAUGACAGUGAAGCCGGAUGCGCUCCGAGAGUAUAAUGAAUACUCCCAAGAGUUCCUCAAGAAGACGGUCUGGAGUACCGGAUGUCGGUCAUGGUACAAGAAUCACACGGCCGAUGGUCCAGUGACUGCCAUGUAUGCUGGAAGCGUGCUGCAUUACCGAGACCUGCUGCAAGAGUUCCGCACGGAGGAUUAUGAUAUUAGAUAUCUGAAUCAGCGGAAUCGGUUUGAGUUCAUGGGAGGUGGAAUUACUGAGCGUGAGGCCAAGGGCGGGAAUUUGGGCUAUUACCUGGAGAAGUGA